AUGAAGCAACCUGCUGGUUUUACGAGCAACGAUCAGAAUCUAGUCUAUAGACUUGAGAAAGCCAUUUAUGGUUUAAAGCAAGCUCCACCUACAUGGUUUGCGAAGCUCAUGAGCACUUUCAUUCAACUCAGCUUCCACUCGGCAAGGUGUGAUCCCUCUUUAUUCAUACAUACCACUUCCAAAACUCUUACAUAUAUUCUAGUGUAUGUUGAUGAAAUACUCAUCACUGGCAACUCUUCCACCUUCAUUCAACAUUUUAUACACAGGCUACAUCUGUUUUACCCUCUCAAAGACCUAGGGGUUCUACAUUGCUUCCUUGGAUUAGAGGUAAAACCCUUGACAGACAACAAAUUGAUGUUAUGUCAAACAAAGUAUAUAACUGAUCUCCUCGAUAGGCUUCAUAUGAGUAAUGCAAAACCAAUCAAAACACCCCUUCCAUCUAGAUGUAAAUUUCAAGAUGAUGACACCAAUCUUUUUAAGGACGCAACCCUCUAUAGAUCUGUAGUGGAGGCCUUACAAUAUGUCUCCAUCACUAGGCCUGAUGUAGCCUUCUCUAUCAACAAGUUAUGCCAGUAUAUGCAUAGACCCCUUGAAUCACACUGGAAGUUUGUUAAAAGAGUGAUUAUAUAUCUAAAGGGUACCAUCACUCAUGGUUUGGUGUAUAGUCCCUCUGAAAAUCUACAUUUAACUAGGCAUUGUGAUUCCAAUUGGGCCUCAGACUCUACUGAUAUGAGAUCCACAUCUGGCCAUUGUGUUUUCCUUGGCAAUAACAUCAUCUUCUGGGUAGCUAAGAAACAGAAUGUGGUUUCACAAACUAGUAUUGAAGCUAAAUUUAGAAGUAUAGCCUCACUUGUAGUAGAAAUAUGUUUGCUAAAGUCUUUACUUACUAAACUCAAAAUCAAAGUCACCAGACCACCAUUGAUCUGGUGUGACAACUUAAGUGCAAUAAUACUCACUGCAAACCCAGUUUUACACUCAAAGUUUAAACACUUUGAACUGGAUCUCUAG